CAGUGCAAGUAGUGCUCAAUUUAUUUACAGUGAUAUCAGACAAGCAAGUGUAUAACCAGAUGGAGGGUGUAGAAAACGGGACCGGGUGUCGAGCAGCAGGUAUGGAAAAAGCACAGUCAGUGGUGCGGUGAUUGUGGGAUGGCCGGGCUGCAGACGCUGGGGUUCACUCCUGGAUUGGUCGGGGAUGAUGGUUGCUGAGGAGACAGAGUUAGUGAGGCAGUUAAGAGAAGACUGUGCAUUGACCUACGUGGUGGAGAAGGAACUGAGCAGAGGAGGUCCGUGGUCCGGUGGAGCGACUCGAGGAGGAGGAAACAACAAACGUAGGAGAACACUGCUUGGGUGAAAGGACGUGAGUGAAGGUUGCCAUGGGAACACAUCCUUUCUAUAGGAGUGAUAGCUGCUGAUUGACAUCAACUGACACAGUGCUGACAAUGACACUCAUCACCUGGAGUAGAUUUUCAAAAUCCACUGCAAGUCCCUCAGCCAAACGUCCGCAGUCAUCUGACUAUCAAAGUGCAGUCCAGGCUGAUGUCCACGCCUUGUCCCCCAGUGUGUGGUCCAAAACCUCCUGCAGCCCUCAAGCCAAGGCCCCUGUAUGAGCCUCACCCACAGGGAGAGCCCUGCUCUCGACAGAGCCUCAUUAAUGGAGACCUGUCUCACUCUGAUGGGGAGAGUGAAGAUCUUCACAAGAUGGCUGAGGAAAAAGAAGAAAAAAGUGAGGCAGAAAAUGGGGUUAAUGACACUGGUUCAGGAGACAACAAUGCAGAGGAUAUAUUAGAGGGAGAAACUGAGGAAAAAGAAGUAGAUAUAUUAGCUAAUGAUGGUGACACAAAGAGCAUUGGCUCUGAGGACACAAUCAAAGCUGACGAUGCUGUUGACACUACAGAACAUGAAAACACUGACAAGGCUGAAGGUGGGAAUCAUCCUGAUAAUGAGAAUAUGUCAACACCUUCACUUCUCAUUGAAACCAAGGAUAAAACAGGAGAGGAGGAAGAAGAGGAGGAACAGAGUUUUAGUGAAAAGACUGAAAUACUUUGUGACCCCUCAAGACACCCUGAUGAACAAGUAGAUGAACAAAACCUUGAAAAAACACAGUCACUCAGCCCGAGUGAUAAGGACAGUGAUACUGGACUUAAUGAAGCAGACAGUGAACAAAAUAAGGACGACUUACACUGUGACUUGCUCACAGAAGAGACUGAACUGGAAGCUGGGGGAUUUGCAUUUGGAUUCAGUGUGCUUCCAACUCUAGCUGAGGAGUAUCCCUAUGAUGUGAUUGGCCCCACAGAUGAUGCUAGUGAUACAUGUGAGUCAUGUGACACAGCCGAAGCAGGGGAUACAGGGGUAUGGCAACCAGAACGGGCCACCAAGGACCUCUCUGGCUGUUUUCGAGUCACAUCUAGCACUGAGGAUGUGUUUGGGCCUUAUUCAGUCAUAGAAGCUGUUCCGGGCAACAGGACCGGCACCACUGACCCCGAGUGGAGUCAGGAUGAUACUGAUGACAAACCUUCAAAUGAACUCCAAACACCAGAUGCUGCUAACCAGGAACCUUUCUAUGUGUCAUCAGAUGAUGUGGACAAGCUAGAGGAUAAGCAAGCCUUUCCAGAACAGGAGGCUGAGACUGAGGAGGUCACUGAGCAGUCAAAUCCACACAAAGAUGAUGGCAAAGAGUCAGCAGAUGAGUAUGCAGACAUUGACGAUUCACUCUACCCUAAAACAAAUGACUUUGAGCAGUUGGAGUGUGUCUCAUCAGAGGAUUACGUUGAGAUAGGUGAAGAGGAUGAGGAGGAGGAACCAGAAAAGAAACAUAUCAAAGGAAAAAGUGCAAGAGAGAGAACAGCGAAACGAGAACAGGCCUUCCACAGCCAAAGGAAAAGCUGUCAGCCUCGCCUCAGGUUAUGCAACAUCACAGUGCCAGCAGACCUAGACCUGGGCCGCACACCGGAACUCACCAACAGGGUGGUAUUCGCCCACACUACUGAAGCCUUUGAAGAAGACAUUGAAGAACUAGAUUGCCAUAUUGUGCCUUACUAUGAAGACACAGACUCAGACAGCGAAGAACAUAUAUACGAAGAGGCGGGAUUUGACUCCGAAGAGGAGAAUUUUGUGACACUGGAACGGAAGACAAUUGUCACACGGUCACGCUCUUAUUCUGGGAAAGUUCCAGGUUAUGUUCCAGAGACUGUACCAGAGGAGACAGGGACAGAGUAUCAGACUCAUGACUACUGUACCGUGGCCUUGGAUAAAAGCAGUGAAGCUCUCAGCCAUUCACCGCAGCCUGAGGUCAACUGUCUGAUGCCAUCUAUGAAGUCUCGUCACUUCUUGCUAUACUCCCGGUCUGCAGAGGGUCCGGAAUUGUCUGUGACCACCCCAACAGAGACUGACCAGUCUCCUAAAGAUGAGCUCAGCAUGAAUAGAAAAGAUGACACCCUUUCACUCCCAUGUGUCAUAAGCUCUUCUGGAAGUUUCUGCCAGCGUAGCCAUCAAUCAUCCAGUGGUGUUUCAACACCAACAUCUCUAGUGGACAUCCCACCACCAUUUGAGCUGGCAUACAUCACUAAAAGACCAAUUACCAAGAGUUCUCCAUCCCUCCUGAUUCAGCAUGAACCCUGUGACAAUCCUAAGAAGAAGAAAUCUUCCUUCAAGCGCUUCCUGGCCCUCAAGUUCAAGAGGAAAACAGAUUCAAAAGGUUUCAGCGAUGGAAGUGUCCGCUCUUCACGUUCUUCCUCCGAGUCCAGCCACCACGGCCCAAUAAGAGUCAUAGAGCUUGAUCGUAGAAGUACAGGCAGCUCUCCUCAGCCCCAGUCCCGCAUGGUGAAACCCCAGCAGUGUUCUUCAGACUUGCCAUCCACUUUUGUUCUCUACAAAGACCACCAGAGAAGAAAAGGUGACCCCAAAGCUUAUGGUAGGGGUGUCUCCAGAGUGGAAUCCUUCGAGGAGCGCUCUCGCCGCUCUGUCAUGCCACUGCCUUUGACCAAACCCCGCUCCAUCUCCUUCCCCAGUGCAGACACUUCAGACUAUGAAAACAUCCCAGCCAUGAGCUCAGACUAUGAAAACAUCCAGAUCCCAGGCAGACCCACCAGAUCCCACACUGUUACAGAGUUUUUUGAGGAUCCAACCCGCACAACAGUUGCCUUCAAUGAAAAUGAUGGCUAUGUGGACAUGAACAGUUUCCCUGGGAUUGAAACCAAACCCCAGACAUCGAAAGCAGACACUGAGAGUGCAUACACCGAGCCUUUCCCACUGAAUCCUGUCUCUGCUAGGCUGUCAGCAGACGAGGACCAUGGCCGUACCUCAGAGGAGGAAGACGGGGUGGCCGAGCAGGGCUAUGACCGACAGAUUGAUGGCCGAUCGCGAGCGUUCUACAUUGCCAAGGAGCUUGUCGACUCAGAGAAACUACAUGUCAGUGCCCUGAAGUACCUUCAAGAGGACUUCAGGUCAGCAGUGGCUGAGGCAGUGGGUGAGGAUGGGGUGCCAGUGCUGGAGGAGCAGAGGUUAGGGGAGAUAUUGGGUGUGCUCCCACAGGUCUACACCCUCCACAGCAGCAUCCUCACUGAGCUUGAGGAACGUAUUAGUCAGUGGGAGGAAAGUCAAAGGGUGGUGGAUGUCAUCCUGUCUCGUCGAGAGGACUUUGGGGUGUUUGACACCUACAUCUCAAACUAUGAUCGCAGCAUGUCCUUACUGGAAGAAAGCAGCAGGAACAGCUCAGCCUUCGCCAGCAUCGUCAAGACAUUUGAGACACGAGGGCUAGAUGAGACUGAAGUCCCACUGAAACACCAGCUUCUGCAGGUCAUAGUACGAGUACUUCAAUAUCGAAUGCUACUGACAGAUUACCUGAACAAUCUUUCUCCUGACUCUAAGGAAUACGAGGACACACAAGCUGCCUUGGUGAUUGUGUCUGAGGUGGCAGACCAAGCCAAUGACAAUCUGAAACAGGGGGAGAACUUGCUGCGCCUGGUCCACAUUGAAUACAGCAUGAAAGGCAAGAGGGACCUCCUGAAGCCUGGAAGGAUGUUUGUCAAAGAGGGCACACUCAUGAAGGUCUCAAGGAAAAGCAGGCAGCCACGACACCUAUUCCUGAUGAACGAUAUAAUGCUGUACACCUACCCUCAGCAGGAUGGGAAAUACAGGCUUAAAAACACGCUUUCUCUGUCCGGGAUGAAGGUGAGCAAACCUGUCCUGGACAAUGUACUGAACUGUCUUAGGGUUGAGGUGUCUGACAUCACCAUUACACUCUCUGCCAGCUCGGUUGGAGAGAGGGAGGACUGGUUCCACACACUAAGUCGAGCCAUAGCCGACCAUGCUGCAGGACUCUGUACGUUUGGCGGACCCUGCAGUGAGGCCCGUGAGAAGUUGUGGAUGGCCCUGGGUGAAGCUGCUCCAGUGCUGGUGCCAAUUUCUCAUGUGAUGAUGUGUAUGAACUGUACCUCUGACUUCAGCCUCACGCUCAGACGACACCACUGCAACGCCUGUGGCAAGGUGGUGUGCCGUGCUUGUUCCAGGAACAGAUACCCACUGAAGUACCUCAAAGAUAGGAUGGCCAAAGUGUGUGACCACUGCUAUGCUGAGCUCAGGAAGAGAGGUGGCAGCGUGUCAGGGGCAUGCAGUAGCUCCAGCCCUAGGACUCACCGUGCCAGUCGUCCCCUUUCUGCUGUCUUCCAGAGUCUACAGCCCCCGAGUUUGUGGAAAAGCAGAAAGAGCACCUCCGCUCUCAGUCAGGUAUCACUUGGCGUGGAAGACUCCACCAUGAGCGGCAGCCUGCAGCGCCGGAAGAAGAGCAAGAGGAAGUGGAAGCGGCUGUGGUUCCUCCUAAAAGACAAGGUGCUCUACACCUUCACAGCCCGUGAGGAUACAGUGGCUUCAGAGAGUCUACCUCUGCAGGGCUUCACUGUCAAGCUGACUGAGAGGCCAGAGGGAGAGGAAAGCAGCAAUGUGUUCCAUCUCUACCACAAGAAGACCCUCUACUACACUUUCAGGGCUGAUGAUCAACAUACUGCACGCAGAUGGGUCGAUGCAAUGGAAGAGGCUACUGUUUUAUAGCAUCUGCUCAGCUAAAUGAACAAGCCUUGCUGUCCGUGACUGCUAGAACUCCUCUAUGGAGUACAACAUGGCUACCUGCUGCAUCUCAGCCCAGUGAGAAGUUGUCAUGUCUGGCCUGUUUUGGAAUAUUACAUGACAAUAUAAUCACCGCAGGGAUCUUAGACAAAGCUGCCACCCUGUGUUCAGAGAUAAAAGUGCGGAGAGUCAGAAGGAUGCUACUCUGUGGACAUGAGAAAUGGAAACCUUUUGUUGCAGUAUGAACAUAUGAAAACUCUUUGGUUCCCAGCACACUGAUCCAGCAGCUUGGCUGCAUCAACAGCUUCAUCUAGGAGCUUGAGAAAGAAGAUUUGAUUCUCUCAUUUUAUCUUUUUAUAGGGGCCAUCCCACAGAAAUCUGUUUCUGUUCCACCUGUAUUAUGCUGUGUCUUACAAGAGUCACCACUGGAUUAUUAAACCAAAGCUUUUGGUCUGCAGGAGAACAUCACAUCCUUUGUUGUUAAAUGCAAAACAGUUGCACCAUCACUUUCCAAAAAGAUCUAACAGACUUUGCUCCAUAGUCGUAUUCACAGAUCAUAAAAGGGAAAAUAUCUGCCACCAUUUAGAGAGCUAUUUGGUAUUCUGAAUAUAUAUAUUGUGAAGUAUACACUGCAGAUAUUGAAGUGAAUUAUAUGGUCUAUUUGUAUAGAAAAGGUGUUACAAUGUUUUGAGGAAGAGGUCAUCUUAGUCAUCGCAGUUUGUGUACAUUAUGUUUCCUGUGGCACCUAACACAGUCUUACUCUUGUAUUGAAUCUACAAAUCUACAGAAUGACCCUGAGCAUGACACUGACACUGACACUAACAGAAAUGACUUUGUAUUUGAAUCAGAAAGUUUUCAGUAUUUGGUAAAGUUCUUAAGUGCCAUUUGAUUUCUUCCCAUUAAAUGCAGUGAAACUUGCAACUGAUGAUGAAUGUGCCUGAAAUGAAACUGUACUCCUUGUCUGUUUUUAUUUUAUCACAGUACUGUACUACUGUCGUUUCUCUAGAAGAGACCUUGAUGACAUUUGCUUUUAAUCUAUUCUUAUAUACUUUAAUCUUCUAGUACAAUCCAGUAACAUAAGAAUAUAGUAUUGUGCCAGUUUUAUUAAUGCCUUUUAAAUGCUGCAUAUACACUGCUGGGUUUAAUUACACUUUAACCAUUUGGACUUUAAAAAAAGGCCACUGUCAACCUGCCAAUGACAUUUCAGAGUCAUCUGAGCUGCUCAUGUCUUCAGCGGUAGGGAAGACACUUGAGUUUCAUCCUUCUCUACUAUUCUAACAUAAUCAGACACCCAUAGUGUCUUUUAAAUAAUCUGACUAAAGGCAUUACGUGCUCCAUUCAGAGUGCAGCUGUACACUACUUGUGAUCCCAGUCAGACUUCAUUCUUUCUACUAAAGCACAUGUUCAUUCAGCAAGUACUGUUAUGGGCCACACCUGUAGUGUUAUUAUGGAUUGUACCUCUUGCAGAUAGUGCAAUGUAAAU